GAAAUAGCGAUCAAAGAAACAGUCAGGACUUCAACAUGCCUUUUCAUGUGGAGGGGCUGGUGGCCAUAGUUGUAUUCUACCUUGCUAUCCUGGCAGUUGGAAUAUGGGCUGCUUGGAAAACCAAGAACACUGGCAGCGAAGGAGAUCGCAGCGAAGCUAUUAUAGUCGGUGGAAGAGACAUUGGCUUGCUAGUUGGUGGAUUUACAAUGACUGCCACCUGGGUUGGAGGAGGUUACAUCAAUGGGACAGCAGAAGCCGUAUAUGUCCCAGGCUACGGCCUAGCUUGGGCUCAGGCACCUAUUGGAUAUUCCCUUAGUCUGAUCGUAGGUGGCCUGUUUUUUGCAAAACCCAUGCGAUCCAAAGGCUAUGUAACAAUGCUAGACCCUUUUCAGCAGCUUUAUGGAAAAAGAAUGGGAGGGCUACUCUUCAUUCCAGCUUUAAUGGGAGAAAUGUUCUGGGCAGCUGCCAUCUUCUCUGCCUUAGGUGCCACUAUAAGUGUGAUUGUUGACAUUAAUAUCAAUAUUUCGGUCAUUAUUUCUGCCCUGAUUGCAACUAUGUACACUCUUGUGGGUGGGCUUUAUUCUGUGGCCUACACGGAUGUAGUCCAGCUCUUCUGCAUCUUCCUGGGGCUGUGGAUCAGCGUACCCUUUGCAAUGUCACAUCCUGCAGUGACAGACAUCGGGCUCACAGCUGUGCACCAGGUGCACCAAGCACCUUGGCUUGGAUCUAUUAACUCACUUGAAAUUUACACAUGGCUGGACAAUUUCCUUUUGCUGAUAUUCGGAGGAAUCCCAUGGCAAGCAUAUUUUCAGCGAGUUCUUUCUUCAUCUUCUGCCACAUAUGCUCAAGUUCUGUCAUUUCUCGCUGCUUUUGGCUGCCUUGUGAUGGCCCUUCCUGCAAUACUCAUUGGUGCAAUUGGAGCAUCCACAGCCUGGAACGAGACUGAAUAUGGUCUUCCUGACCCCAUGACUAAAAAGGAAGCAGAUAUGAUUUUACCGAUUGUGCUUCAGUAUCUUUGCCCAGUCUACAUCUCUUUCUUUGGCCUGGGUGCUGUAUCUGCUGCCGUGAUGUCAUCAGCUGACUCUUCAAUUUUAUCAGCAAGUUCUAUGUUUGCUCGGAACAUUUACCAGCUUUCAUUUCGGCAAAACGCCUCAGACAGGGAAAUCGUGUGGGUCAUGAGAAUCACUGUUUUUCUUUUUGGAGCAUCAGCCACAGCAAUGGCACUGCUAGCUUCAUCUGUGUAUGGCCUAUGGUACCUCAGCUCUGAUCUCAUUUAUAUCAUCAUAUUCCCUCAGCUCCUAUGUGUGUUAUUUAUUAAAGGAACGAACACCUAUGGUGCCAUUGCAGGAUAUUUAUUUGGCCUUAUUCUCAGAAUAACUGGAGGGGAACCGUACCUGUACCUUCAGCCAUUGAUCUACUAUCCUGGCUGCUAUCCAGAUGAAAAUAAUAUCUAUAUCCAGCGAUUCCCAUUUAAAACACUUGCUAUGCUUACCUCCUUCUUUACUAACAUUAUAGUCUCCUACUUAGCAAAAUACUUAUUUGAAAGUGGGACUUUGCCACCAAAACUGGACUUCCUUGAUGCUGUUGUUGCGAGGUACAGUAGAGAACACAUGGAUAAAGCAACUCUUGUAAAAAGUGAUAAUAUUGUGUUAAAUGAACUUGCACCUGUGAAUCCUCGGCACAGUCUGUCUCUGAGCUCAACUUUCACAAACAAGGAAGCCUUCAACUAUGUUGAUUCGAGUCCAGAACUGUCCAACACUGAAGAUAAUUGAAGAGUCUGAUAUCCACAGACAAAGCAGUGCAAAACAAGAUAUCCUACAAAGAAUAGUAAGAGGUAUUUUAUCAGAAGAAAAGGAAGAACUGGGAAUAAAAUGCCACUGCACAAUUCUUUAACUCAGUUCUAGGAACAGGAGCAUCCCAUGGAAGAAACUGUUUUAUGCUACUAUCUAACAGGUUGGAUUAGAUCGUAGAGUAUUUAUCAGAAGACACACUCAGACCCCAUUCUUUCCACCUAGAACUGUAUACUGUGUAAUUUUAAAAAUAUUUAAAACUGAAAAUAUAAGUAACAGAAGAGUGCAACUGUUAUUUAGUUAGGAUAUCAUGUGAAGAGAUUAUAAUACAGUAACUGAAAUACUAUCCGUCAACUUUUAUUGGCAUUAAGUGAAAAAUAUAUUGUCACAGCUGUAAGUGAUUUAUUACAAAAGAACUAGUUGCUUGAGCCAAGACAGGUAACUUCUUUGGGUUUUUGGUCUGCUUGUUUUUUCCGUAUAAUGAAUUUUAAAGAACACAAAUUUAAUAUUUUGUUGUUUGUAUAAGACAGUGAAAUGCAAAAAUAGUAAUAAAUUCCUUAUAGGAGUGUUAAAUAUUUAUUAUAAAGUUAAAACGAAUUCCCAGUUUAAAAAUCAUGCUAUACCUUAUGAAAGACAACCUUAAGCAAAGUUUGUUGAUAUAGGUGUUCUUUUUGCCUGGCCGUGAGUGGCUGUCACCAAUGGAGGAUAAAAAUAUAUAUAUAUUUUAAAGCAAUAAUUGGUGUUGAAACUCAACUUGUGGAAAAUGACAAAACUGUAGGCUUUUACGAACUAGGUAUAACAUUGCGAUGUUGAGAAAAGAAGCCUUAUCUUGACUUGUCAUCAAAAUGAACAUUGAGAGAGGCAGUCUGAUGCCGUUCAACUGCAGCAGCGAGUAAAUACUAAAACAUAUGGAGAGUCAAGAAGGCUACCUGAAACAGAGGAGAGGACUUUCCGUGAGGAAAAUUCCCAUUUUUCACUCAAUAAAAAAAAAGUAUUUUUAAAGAUAACAAUAAGUCUUUUGGGUUGGGCUUGCUGGGAUUACUCUGAAAAGUGUAAAUUUUCUAUGGAAAAUCAUAUUAUCUUGAAAAUUUGACUUCCCACGGGAAGACUGGCUUGCUGAACGACUUUCCAUGUUGGUACGUGUCUACCUCCAAAAGCAAUACCAGCUUGGAGGCAAAUCCACAAGUGUAGCGAAUUGCACAGUAGUGUCUUCCACUGAAAGCUGUACUCUUGUUCCCAAGAGCCGUCCUCCUGGGCAGUCCCGUGUGCAAUGCCAACACCAGCCAGGAGCAGACAAGACUUCAUUCAUAAAUGGCAAUGCUGUCCAGGAGUAGUAAAGCAGGGAGAUUAGGCCCCUUCUGACUUUGCCCUGACCAGCAGGGAACACACAAAGGAGUUUCAACUUGCCUAUGGCCUAGAUGGUUGUGUCUAUCCCCAUUGGUAUGUGCCUUCCACAGUAGGAGAUCUAACAGGUAGAUUUCUGUACUAUUAACACUUAUGCUCCAAUAGUUCUUUUUACUCUCUACGCAUGACACAAAAUUUUCAGCUGAAAUCCAGCUAUCCUCCUGUUGCUGGUCACUGGUGAAAAUUUCUUCUGUAAUGAUUGCAGCACUAGGAGCUCUACUGGAGGACUGGAAAUGUAAGAAUAGGUUUUGCUGCUAAAGGAAGAAGCCAUCAACUUGUGCAUUCAACGUUGACAUAAACUUUCACAAGGUUGAAUCCUUAGAUAUGUUUUUGCUCCUUUUGUGGAGUUUUAACAGCAUAUAUAUAUUUUAUAUGUAGAUAAAAUUAAUUUAGAUAUGUUAAUUUUUUCACCAUACACUGCAUUUCAAAAAUAACACUGCAUCUCAGCUCUGAAUAUGCACUGUGAACUGCAGUACUACUGUCUACUGUGCUAACCAAUAUAAGGUGUGCCCUGAAUUGAGGGAAUCAAAAUCAGGAUCUGCACCAAAAGCCCAGAAGAGUCAAUAUAGCAUAGAAAUUCUUGUGGGGUAAGUGAAUGGGUGGCCAGUGAGAUUCACAAUGCUGAGGAGCUACGAAACCGGACACAAGCCCUGCAGUAUUCAUUCCCCACUGAACCAUGGAAAAAAGAAGGGGAAAGGCAUCAUACGGAAGGGAGAGAGAGGGAAGAACAGAACCAUUGCUGAAUUAUUAUCAAUUCCUGGCCAGUAUCCACUAGCCAGAAUCAAUUUUUAAGAGGAAAUAACCAGCCAUGGUUUUACCUGCUUGCACAGCUGAUGGCUUCCACUACAGUUCCAAACUGAGUUUGAAAAUCUCAUUUUACAGCCACCUGGAGAUCUUCCUAAAAAUCUUUUUUUUUCUUCAGUUUUGUCUAGCUAGGAAUUGCUAUAAUUUCACCAUGAGAAGGUGCUAAGUAGCCAGGUGGCUUUGAAUACAGCAGUAUUUCUGCAUACCUGCCGUACAGAGGGAUAUGUAACUGUGAAGCUGCAUUACAAGCAUGAAGACGAGAGACUUCCUUUUUUUAAUAAAUUUGUCUCUACUCUGAAGAAAAACAAAACUUUAUACUGCAGUGUUCCCAAAAGAUUUGCGGGAGGAAGGAGAAAGGAGGAGGGGGUUCAGUUGGAAACAUUUAAGAUAUUUUAUUUAGAAAAGAAAAGUCAUUCUAUUUCUAUUAUGUUCACUCACUGUAAAAAACACAAAAGUCUUAAAAUGCUCAGAAUGAAUAAUUAAAGGAAAAAAUAAAAUAUUUUCAUCCAAAAAUUUCAAACCAGAUGCAUUCAACACUACCAGAAUGUCUCAUACUAUUUUUUCUAUCUAAUAUUUUUGGGAGAUCAUUGUGAUUUUACAAAGCUUUCCUGUUCAGAUGGAACUAUGUCUUCUCUAGUGGAAAGUGGUUCCGACAAAGUUUUCUGGUCCUCUUAGGAAGACUGGAAACAUUGGUCCCACGGUUAUUGGAUGCCUGUGAAUACUAAACCAUAGAAGCUUUGUCAUACAACAGAGAGAAGCAGACAUUGAAGACUGUGCAUAGUGUGACCUUAACUCUGGUUUCUACAUACCAAGUCUCUAUGCUUGUCUUUGCUCGUGAUCAACAGCGAUGACAGAUUUCGUGUCUUUGUUCAGCUAACCUAACAUUGGAUUUACAUAAAGUUGUUAAUAUAACCAAAGACCAUAUCCUAAGAUGGAUAGCUGCAAAAAGACAAGAAAACAAAAUGCAACCAAGUUACUUUCAAAAGGAAAAUGCCAACAGGAUGUGAGUCUUCAAGCAGGUUUUAGUUUGAUGUGAUCUGUUCAGUGUUCCUUUCCCGGUUUUGUAAUCUGUAGACAGUGGUACUGUGAACUAAAUUGUUUCUACAAUUAGUGAGGCAAAAAGUUCAUUUUCAGACAGUGAGGUUAUUGUUUCUGAGCCCGCCACCUGUGGAUAAAAUAUCCAUAUCAGGAUUACAUAUUUUACUUUCAUAUUCUUAACAGUUCUGUGGAUAACACUUAUUUGACAGGGGAUUUUUUUGCCUCCUUUGCAUGAGAUGUGUUCAUAAAAUUGAGAUUAAUAUGUAGCUGAGAUGUCAAGAAUGGUUACAAUUUCAUCUAUAUUUGUCCAUGUGAGAUGGUAUAUGUAUUAGAAAUAAAAUAUUCUUUUGUGAAUCUGAACUGAAUGUAAACAUUAUGUGGAUCAAAUAAAGUAAAAGUCAGAUUUAGCAUUUUAUUUUCAUAUAGUACAAUAACUUAGGAUUUCAAAUAUAAAUAUCAUAGGAAAAAAGCUGUUAUUCAUUUUUCCUUCUGCCCUUCAAGCAUAUUUGAUCAAGUACCAUGUGCAGUUAGACACUAAGUUAUUGUAAGACUGCUAUUUAUCAGGGCAGUAUUUGUGGCUGUUGUUAAAAAAAUAAUGUAUAUUUUUGUCUGUGUCAGAAAUGUUAUAUAAAGACUAUAUCUAACAAAGCAGAUAAGAAAAAAAGAAUAAAUAUACACACACACACACACACACACACACACACACAUAUAUUUAUGUUUUAACAGCAUUUGUAUUGUAUUCCAUAGUGCCCAUGCAAUUCAGGAAAAUACUGUCUAGUUUUG